UUGUAUGUCAUAACUGCCAUCAUCAAGAUGUAAGCAAAUGUGGUAUGAAGAGACCAGUGCAAUACUUGAAGUAUCCAUUUAAAGCAAAUACCACUAAGGAUAUAUCAGAUUAGUCAAAGAAAUUUAUACGAUAUUUUCCAACAUACAAGUUCAAUCUUAUUCAAACUCAAAUCUCUCUGCAGAAAUGAAAUCGUUAAUUAAUACUGCUUGUUUUAUUUACGUUUUAUUCGUUAUGAAUACGAAUGCAGAGGUGACAGAGCCUAGUAAUAUAGUAGUAGUGGUAUUGAGUCAAAAAGAAGGUUAUCAUGCUGCUCAUGCUGAUUAUUUACGAAAAAGCAUAUAUGAGCAAGCAAGUGCUCUUGAAAAAGAAGCACCAGAAGUAGUAUUGUCUCAUGAACUAAAUAUCAGAGAUUCUUGGAUAAUAACUCCGUUGUUGGUUUAUUUGUCAAAUACAUUUCCAAAUGCACAAUGGUUCUUCUUUUGUUUGGAGAAUACUGUAAUUCGAUUGGAGAAGCUGUUAAAUGUACUUGAAAAAUUCAGUGCAUCUCUGGACUUAUGGAUUGGACAUGCACUAUAUGAUCAUGAACCUACUAUUAUUCAUCAUUUUGAAAAACAUAGCAGGAAAUUUAAAUACCCGAAUAUUGCAUCAGGAUUUGCCAUGACUUUUAAACUAUUAAAAAGUUUGUCUCAACAAGUCUCCGAAGGCAGAGCUCCUAAACCAGAUUUUUCUAUCGAUGCAUCCUACGAAUUUGCGAAUUUUGUUCUAAAGAGCACAAAUGUACGAUUGACACAUGUAUCUAAAAUAUGUAUUGUAUCUGGUUCCGAUUGCGCUACGUAUCCUCGAUUCUUCCAUCCUUGUAAUUCUAUAUCUCCAGAAAAAGUAUACUUUGCCGUUAAAACAUGUGCCAGGUUCCAUACAGACAGAAUCCCUAUAAUUAAACAGACAUGGGCGAAACAUACAGUUAAUAUAGGAUAUUUCAGCGACACAGCAGACAAGCAUUUACGGCAUGCAUACGUCGUACCGAAUACUACGGAAGGACAUUGCGCCAAAACUUAUGCCAUCUUGCAAACAGCUAGCAACAUACUGAAGAAACAUAAUCUCGAUUGGCUAGUAAUCAGCGACGAUGACACUAUAUUCAGUGUAGCGCGUUUAUUACGUUUGCUUACAUGCUACAAUCCUACCAAUCCGAUCGCGAUUGGUGAACGUUACGGCUUUCGUACAUGGGACUAUAAUUAUGGUUACAAUUACUUAACCGGUGGUGGAGGAGUCGUGUUGUCUGCUCCCUUGGUUCAUAGGAUAAUAGAACCGGGUAUUUGCGAUUGCCCAUCUGCGACUACUCCUGACGAUAUGCAUCUCUUUGGGGCUUGCUUGCUCCGGCUCGGAUAUAUUCAUUCACAGCCAGUACAUUCUCCGCUGUUUCAUCAAGCACGGUCCAUAGAUUACGCUACAGGUUAUUUGGCAUCGCAAGAACCUGUAUCAUUCCACAAAUUUUGGAUGAUUGAACCUAAAGUCGUUUACGAUGAAUGGUUUGCAGAGGCAGAUAGUAAUUUAUCUGAAUCACCACGACACACGGAAUUAUAAAGUUUUAUACUUUGUCGAAACGUACCAAUUUUCUUACUUUCGCAUUUGCGUUUAGACUGAUUCUUUGAUCUUAUUUUAAUUGAAAAGCCCGAAGAUAAAGAUAUGUAAGAGUUUGAAUAUUAAAAUGUUUAUAUUAUUAUUUGAUAA